AUGUCUUGGGCCGGUUUCUCUCAUAGCCAGCCCUCAUCAGAAAAAGAGCCGCCACCACUAUACACUGUACGCUUGGUAGAAGCGGGCUCGUCUGCUCUGCCCUUCGAAUACGAUGGCGAACUGAAGCUGCCUCUUCUGCACACUUUCUGGGACAGCCCUCUGCCUAGAGCCUUGCACAAUUCUUCGAGUCCCGCGGAAAAUUACCCGGAAUCUCCUUACGGACGUACUUCUCAUGCUCAUCGUUCGGCAACAACGGAUUAUCAUGAAGUCUCCUACUCACAACUGUGCCCGGAUUUGGCUCGCUCCAGCGAAGCAUCGGACGUGACAGUGUGUGAUCAGAACUCAGACUUGCUCACGCCUAGAGUAGACGUCUCGCGCUACUCGUCGUCCUCGCGCCGCCAUCCAUGCGAAAUUCUGCCUCCCGAGAACGCCUAUCACGGUCAGUCCCAACCUGCGUUUUUCCGUUCGCGUCGCUGGGUUCGCUUCAACCAAAGGAAGAUUAGGACAAAGCACACCGAUAUGCACGAGAGUAAGUCGGUCAUCAACAUUUUUGCGGACCGCCCGUACAGCAACAGCCUGUCAGAAGUUCCGCGCCAGCGCCGGUUCUUGCACACGCUGACAUCCUCAAAGGAGAUUAGCAGCCUCGCGAUGCCGUUCUUGAGUAGAGUCGAUCCCCUGCUUGUGGGUGCGCGCAAGACCGCUAUGCUUGUCCAGGGAAAGCAGGGCCGCAUGCGCUCUAUGUCCUACCGGGAGCGCAAGAAGUAUAUGGAGCAUGCCCGGAUCGAAAUUAAUGUGACCAGUCUCGCAAACCGGCAGAUGUUCCUAGUCGUGCUUACCAAGGCGCUCGUCAGAUUCUGCGCACCAUCGCAUCGACUCGAGGCGCAGCUGCUCAUCGCGUCACAGAUCCUCGAGGUCGAGUGCCGGUUGCUUCAGCUUCCGACGACGAUGGUGCUCUGUUUCGGGGAAGAUGGUGCUCCGGCGGCGGAGGUUCACAUUGUCGUACGCAGCGGACAACUUAGCCUCGACUCGCUGCACCGCGUGCACCAGCUCUAUCGAGAGGUUGUGCACGACAAGAUCAGCGCGGAGGAGGGCGUGCACCAGCUCAAUUUGCUUCUCGAUGCGGAACCAGUUUACGGGCUACGUGUGCGCGGUGUGAUUGCGUAUGCGAUCGCGGCAUUAAUUUGCCCAUUGGCGUUUGGCGGGUCAUUUGUGGACCUGUGGGUUGCAGGCAGUGGCGGGCUAAUUUUGUUCGGAAUGCAGGCACUAAUUUCUGGAAGAUCGCACGCAAUUUAUGCGAAUGUCGUUGACACUUGUGUUACGAUAUUGGUCUCGUUUGUGGCGCGAGCACUAAGUAGUAUCCGAUCACAGAUGUUCUGUUACAGUGCCAUAUCGACUGCGGCCAUCGUCACCAUCUUGCCGGGAUUCCUGGUCCUGUGCAGCGCUCUCGAACUCGGCACGAAGAACCUCAUCUGCGGGAGUGUGAACCUAGUGUACGCUCUUAUUGUCACCCUCUUCAUCGCAUUCGGUCUUCAAAUCGGCUCUGAUUUAUAUCUCCUGCUCGAUCCCCACGCAACAAACGGAUUAAACACGCUAGCAGCGCGCGAAGCCAACAUAAUUACCUUCGUUGGGAACACGCAGGCGGGGCUCACAGGUACACCUGCAUUCAUGAACACGAUACCGGUGACACUCGAUCACAUCGUCAAUGGAUGUUUUCGCUCGCCGACAUUCCCGUGGUACCUCCAACCGUUCCCGUGGUGGACGCAGUUUCUGCUCGUUCCUGCGUAUGCACUUGCAUGCGCUCUCGCGAAUAUGCAGCCAUUCUUGUCGGUCGAUAUGCUUGCAAUGGUGUUAAUCGCGAGCGUGGGGUAUGUCACAAACAAAGUGGCGAACCAUUUUAUCCUAGGUCAUUCAGACAUUGUCUCAGCUAUCGGGGCCUUUUCUAUUGGGAUUCUGGGGAAUAUCUACUCACGACGGUUCAGAGGAACGGCGUUCACCGUCAUGGUUCCUGGUGUGCUUUUCCUCGUCCCGUCGGGUCUCUCCCAAAAUGGCGGGUUGAACACCUCAGGGACAGGGAUUGAGACGGGAUACGAGAUGGUCGCGGUCGUCGUGGGGAUCGUGGUGGGGCUGUUUGUCUCGCAGGCGUUCGUCUACCUCUUCGGGAACCGGAAGAAUGCGGCGUCCUUCUCGUUCUGA